ACUACCACGGUCAAGCUCCGCGCUAAAGUAGUUUGCUGACUUCCGCCAACGCUCUGGGACUACCAUCUGGUCCCUGGGAGAAGUUGGUCGCGCGUGCAUCGUAGACUGCUCUGGACCUUUGCUGACGGUUGAUGAUUCCUUUACCCUAAUAGACUUGCGAGCUUACACAGGCUUAGCAGAACUAGGCAUAGAUUCGACUUCCCAUCCUUCCGACCAAAGUUGUGAGCACGCGGAGUAUCCGCGCCGCUGCUCCUCACCCCAGUCGCUCCUUGAAAGCUCCCCUCCCUCUAAGUCUUAUGGAGACCGUACUAUCGUGGCUAACCAUAGCUUGUCUUAUCUUGCUCGGAUACCUAAGCUUGAGCAUCAUGGGCUUCUUCUCGUGGGGGAACAAAUUCCCAGUGGAGGGACGGACGGUCCUCCUCACUGGAGCCUCCUAUGGCAUGGGCAAAGAACUCGCAAAACUGCUCAGCCAACGCGGCGCAUCCGUCAUCCUCGUCGCUCGCAACGUGGAAAACCUCCAGGCCGCAACCGCCUACGCAAAAGCCGCCGCAAAGAGCCCCUCCACCCAGCGCUUCCACUACAUCUCCGCCGACUGCACCUCCGAAGCCGAAAACGCCCGCCUUCUCGCUGAAGCCACCACCUGGAACAACGGCAAAGCGCCUGACAUCGUCUGGGCCAACGCCGGCUCCUCCACUCCCGGCCUCUUCCUCGAUCAGAAAACCGACACCCUGCGCCAGCAAAUGGACAUCAACUACUGGGCGGCGUGCUACCUGGCGCAGCAGACGCUCAAAGCGUGGUUGUACCCGUCCACGCCAUACAAGCCCACCGCACCUGCCGAGCCUACACGUCACUUCAUCGUGACAUCCUCCGUCCUCGGCUUCAUAAACAUCAUCGGCUAUGGCGGGUACUCGCCCGCCAAAGCGGCGCUGAAAACCCUCUGCGACGGCCUCCGCCAGGAAGUCAUCCUCUACAACGGCGCGCGCCGCUCCAAUAAUGCCGUAUCGGGCUUCACACCUGCACCUUUCGACAUCGCAGUCAACAUGAUCGCGCCCGCGACCAUCCUCUCACCUGGCGAGCUGAACGAGAAUCGCACGAAGCCGGACGUCACGAAGAAGCUCGAGGAGACGGAUCCGAAGCAAACGGAGCUGGAGGCUGCGACGGCGGCAAUCAAGGGGUUGGAGGCGGGGAAUUACUCGAGUGCAACGAGCUGGUUGGGCGAUCUGAUGCGCAUGAGUAGUAUGGGGAGUGCGCGGAGGGAUAACUUGGUGAAGGAUACGGCGGGGACGUGGGUCGCCAGUCUGGUGUGGUUGCUGCUUGGGCCGGAUAUGGAUGGGAAGGUGUUUAAUUGGGGAAAGAAGGAGGGAAUGCCGGCGUAUAAGCCGGAUUCCGUUUGAGCUGGUGGAAUCCAUCUGUUGUUUGGAGGUGAACUUGCAACUGCAGCCUGCCUGUCCGUUUGCUUACUAGCUCGUCAUGGUACCACUGCAUGCUUGUUCGUACAUUCAGAACGACUUAUUUUGCGCAACUGGAUGUGAUCGUGAUGAAGAGUGAGUGGCUAUGAUG